GCAAGAUGUCUGCGCCCUUAACACAUGCGUAAACAAACAUGGAGAGUGUGAUAACCUUGUCCAAAGAAUACCGUUAGCAGACGUCUAAAACCGAUAUCUUAUAAACAGAAAAGUAUUUCAGCAAUGAGCUCACGAAUCUGUGAGACCUUCUUAAGAAGGUCGCUGCGAUUUUCGACGACCCGAUCGCUGACAUCCGCGUGCGUCAAUGCGUCACUGCGUUUGCGCAAAGGUUGCGCGGUGACUGAUGCACACGUUGUGAGAAAAUGUCUCUUUCGAAACGUUCCGGUCCGUUUGGUGUCUUCAGAUGCAUUUUUGGAGAGAUUACAGAAGGUGGGAGCUGUUGUGUCCAGGGAGGGUCCUCAUCAACAGCCUGUCCCAUCAGAUUGCGGUCAUCAAUUUUCCUUAUUGCUAAAGGAUCCUGAUCAACCUGAGAACCCCAGAUCUCUUAAAGUGGCCGUAGUGGGCGCCCCGAAUGCUGGCAAAUCCACACUGACCAACCAGCUGCUGGGCAGAAAGUUGUUUGCGGUGUCAGAAAAAGUGCACACAACAAGAUCGCGUGCUGUUGGUGUUCUGACUGAGGAUGACACACAAAUUGUUUUGUUGGAUACCCCUGGUCUCACCACACCGAUAAAGGCUAAAAGACACCAGCUGGAAGAUUCGCUGUUGGUCGAUCCUUUUGAGUCUUUGGAGAAAGCUGAUCUAGUUGUUGUGUUAGUUGAUGUGUCUGAUAAAUGGACCCGUAACAAGUUGCACCUUGAAGUACUGAAGUGUCUGGCCCUAAAUCCAGAUGUACCUGCCAUCCUUGUCCUCAAUAAGGUGGAUCUACUGAAGAGCAAAAUGUUGCUGCUAGACAUCACGGCACAGCUGACCGAGGGGGUGGUGAAUGGAAAAAAGAUCAGGAUUCGUGGUGUAGCGAAGUCAAAUCAAAGAUUAGCAGCCAAAGCCCAAAGCAGACAUGCAGAGGAAGCGUAUUCUGAGAGCACGGAGAAAGAGUCGUCAGAUCAAGAGAGUCAGAACAAAAACAGACUGAGCAGAGAGGAGCUGAAGGAUCUGAAGAGCCGCAGUGGGUGGCCACAUUUUAAAGAUGUAUUCAUGCUGAGUGCUGUCGACAGAGAAGAUGUGGAGACAAUAAAGAGUUACCUGUUUCAAGUGGCAAAGCCUCGCGAGUGGCAGUAUCACAGUGAAGUACUGACAGACCAAGGUCCCGAGGAUGUCUGCCUUAACACUAUCAGAGAGAAACUUCUACAACAUUUCCCUAAGGAGGUGCCAUAUACAAUGACCCUGCAAAUUGAAAUGUGGAAGGAGUCUGAAGAUGGCGUGCUCGACAUAUCAGUCAAACUGUAUGUGAUAAAAGACAGUCAUAUGAAAAUGGUUAUUGGUCCAGGAGGCCAGACGAUAACCAGAAUAACCCAGGAAGCUGGAAAUGACCUAAUGAACAUUUUCUUGCGGGAAAUACACUUAAAAAUCUCUGCAAAGUUGAAGAAGUGAAGUUCAGUUAUGAGUUAUGAGAACCUAUAAUGGAUGCAAAGAGAUUCAGAAGCCUGAAAGAAGUUAUUACAGAGAAACGUUGUUUUUUCCCAAAAAGUGAAAGUAAAGAUUAAAGUGAAAUUCAGAGGCACAAUAAAUAGUUUUUCCAUAUAAAUUCAGUAACAUGUUGUCAAUUUUAUUAUCAAUACUUUGUUAAUUGAUAAUGCUUGUAUUAAUAAUAACUGUGGUUUUGCUGUUAUAUAGAAUAUUUUUGUUAUUGCAAUGUUGUUGUAAGUUACUCACAGUCGCUCAGUGGAAUCAAUUAAAAAAUACGCGGAUUUUUCUCCAACACCAAUUUCAUCAACUGAGUGUUUUUCUGCUUCGUAAGAGAACUGUUCACACAAGUUUUACAGAUUUCUGUAGUGGGAAACGUGAGGUCACUUUAUCUUCAGAGUCCAGAAGACAAUGCUUCGGCACACAAACUGUAUGCAAAAUUGCAGAAGGAGCUGGCAGAAUGAGCUUUUUCAGUCAACAGUUACACCCCGUGCAAAGAUCAUGUGCUUGUAUUAUUGAUAUAUAUAUUUUGUUUUGUUUUAAUUAUGUGACAAAGUUAUUUGCUUGAAUAAAAAUGUAAAUUAUGCAA